UUACAACUAACAAUCAAGAAGUCUGCUAAACAUUUGUUUCUUAACAGCGAUUAUUAAUAAAAGGAAAAAAUCAAAAAAUCAUCUUAACGACAAACCAGAGAAAAUUGUCUCCGACAUUUUUCACCAUCCCACACACCCCUCGCGAUUCUCCGACCACCACCAUCUUAGAUUCGCCACGGCUCCGCCGCCGCCGCCGCUGGCGACGCCCAUAAAUCAGCCGCCUUGCAGACACCUGCUGCGGCCGAGACGCCAUAUUUUCUGGCUGAAUUCGGAACGAUCUCAUCUCCAAAAGUCGACGCACCGUGCUGUUGAGCCCUGUGCUCUGCACCGGAUAAAUAAUUCUUCCCUGACUGCGCACUCCCGAAUUCCACCUAGAUCCCGCUAAAUUCAUGUUCCAUGUAGAAUGCAUCUCGAUUGCUAUCGAUUGAUGAAUUGAUUCAUCGAUCGGAUUUGUCAUCUUCUCGAUUCUGGUUGAGAUUCUCGGGGAAUGGCCGGGAAUACGUCGAAUAUGGAUCAAUUUGAGGCCUAUUUCCAGAGAGCGGAUGUGGAUCGAGAUGGCCGAGUCAGUGGGAAUGAGGCCGUUGCUUUCCUCCAAGCUUCGAAUUUACCCAGACAAGUUCUGGCUCAGAUAUGGACGUAUUCUGAUCAAAAUAAAGUUGGUUACCUGGGUCGUUCUGAAUUUUAUAACUGUCUUAAACUUGUUACCGUGGCGCAAAGCAAGCAAGAAUUGACUGCAGAUCUCGUGAAGGCUGCCUUAUAUGGUCCAGCUUCAGCCAAAAUCCCUCCUCCACGAAUAGGUCCACAAGCAACUCCAAAUGCAGGCCCAUCUUCUGUUCAGUCGUCUGGCAAUCCUCCCUCUACUCAAGGAAUUGGUAUAAGUGGCUCUCAUGGUUUUUUGACUCAGCAAAGUCAAAUCAACAGGAUGCAUCGGCCUCCACCUCCAAGUUCUGGAUUUCAAUCCCAGCCAGGCUUUCAAGCCCAAGGAAUUCCUGGUACAGGUUCUGCAGUUGCAUCUCGUCCCCCUAAUUCCUUUCAUUCACUUGGUGGGACUACUGAUGGCUCCCAAGGCAGACUUUUUUCUCAAGUUUCAAACAGAAACAUAAUCCCUUCUGCAACUCAAGGUGACAUUGGCCUUCUGGCGCCAUCUAUUACUCAACCUAAGUCACCUGAAACUACUGGGGUGGUGCAAUCUGCUUCAUCCAAGCCGAAUGAUGCAGCUUUGUUGAGUUCCCAGGUUGGGAAGAAUAAUUCAAGAUCGCCUUCAGCUACAGGAAAUGGCUUUAUCGCGAACUCAGAGUUUGGAGAUGUGUUCUCAGCAGCCCCAUCCAAACCACAUAAUAAUCCAGAUGCAGUUACGUAUUCUGUGGCUAACAUAACUGCUGUCUCAACUGGGAAUUUGACUUCCUCAAGUGAACAGCCUACUGUUAAGCCAAAGGUUGUUUCUCAACCGUCGGCUAUUCAAGCAGAGCAGUUCCAGUCUACGGGCAAAGCAUAUCAACACGUUCCAGCACAAAAAUCUGCAGCAUAUCCUAUGGCAGCUGGACAAUCUCAGUCUCCAUGGCCAAAAAUGACCCAGAGUGAUAUUCAGAAGUACCGAAAGGUUUUUGUUCAAGUUGACACUGACCGAGAUGGGAAAAUUACUGGUGAACAGGCACGCAACUUGUUCUUUAGUUGGAGGCUACCGCGAGUGACUGAAUAUUGUCCAUGCCUCCAGAAUAACGAAUAUUUUGGCUAUUGUCCAUAUCAGCUGCCUUUGCUGCGGCCUCACUUAUCUUUAAGAGAGGUCCUGAAGCAGGUCUGGGACUUAUCGGAUCAAGACAAUGAUAGUAUGCUUUCUUUGAAUGAAUUCUGCAUUGCUCUCUACUUGAUGGAGCGAUACAGGGAAGGACGCUCUCUUCCAGCGACACUUCCCAGUUCUAUUAUAUUUGAUCAAACAUUGUUGCCGAGCUCUGGUCAACCUGCUGCUGCCUAUAGCAAUGCAUCUUGGAGACCUUCCCCUGGUUUCCAACAGCCCCCAGGGGCUAAAAAUGCACGUCCUAUCACUUCCACUGGUGUUGGAAAGCCACCUCGUCCUGUUCCCCAGCCUGAUGAGCCCAUCCAACAAAAGGCCAAAGUUCCAGUCCUGGAGAAGUAUCUUCUAGAUCAGCUUAGCACAGAGGAGCAAGAUUCACUGAACAAAAAGUUUGAGGAGGCGAAGGAUGCAGAGAAAAAGGUGGCAGAUCUGGAAAAGGACAUUUCGGAAGCCAAACAAAAAGUUCAAUUCUUCCAUGCCAAGAUGCAAGAACUUAUUCUAUACAAAAGUCGAUGUGACAAUCGCCUGAAUGAGAUCUCUGAAAGAGUUGUAGCUGACAAAAGAGAGGCUGCAUCGUUAGCAAAUAAGUAUGAAGAGAAGUACAAGCAGGCUGGCGAUGUUGCAUCAAAAUUAACAAUUGAAGAGGCCACAUUCCGUGAUAUUCAGGAGAAAAAAAUGGAACUUUAUCGAGCGAUCAUCAAAUUGGACCAAGAUGAUGCUCCUGGUGCUCAGGAUCGAAUUAAUCAAAUUCAGUCAGAACUUGAGGAACUUGUUAAAGCUUUGAAUGAACGGUGCAAACUUUAUGGAUUACGCGGAAAACCAACGUCACUCGUCGAGCUUCCAUUUGGGUGGCAACCUGGCAUCGAAGCAGCAGCAGCUGAUUGGAAUGAAGAUUGGGAUAAGUUUGAAGAUGAAGGAUUCACUUAUGUCAAGGAGCUUACUCUUGAAGUGGAAAAUGUUCCCGCUCCUCCUAAACCCAAGUCUGCCUUAAUUAGAGAACAGAUUCAUUCAUUAGACAAAAAGGACAUCGCAAAAUCACCUUCUAAUGCUGAUGACAGUUCAGAACCGCCAAUUUCAGACGAAAGAGCACAUGAGAACGAGAGUCUACAAACUCACAACUCGGAACAAACUGCAAAAAGUUCACCCGACAGUCCUUCAGGAAGCAAAACAACUGUUAGCCCAACCAAGGCAAGAGAUGUUAACGCAAAUGGCUCGCCACAUGCGUUUGACACCCAAAGUGAAUUGGGUUCCGAAUCUAUACAAUCUGGGGAAAAACGUUUUGACGAACUGGGCUGGGGUUCUUUUGAUAAUAGUAGCUAUGACACAGUUGCAGCAUGGGAUAUCAAUCCUAUCGACUUAAAGGGAGCCGCGCAUGACCAUAGUGAGGGUUCUUUAUUUGGUCCAGAAGAAUGGGGUCUGAAUCCGAUUAAAACUGGGUCUAAAACCACUAAGCAGGGCCCAUUUUUCGAUUCUGUUCCAAGCACUCCAACGCAGGGCCCGUUUUUCGAUUCUGUCCCCAGCACCCCAAAGCAGGGCCCGUUUUUCGAUUCUGUCCCGAGUACCCCACAGUACAACUUCUCUAGUUCACCCCACGUGGAUAACCUGUUCAUGAGGAAUAAUAGUCCAUUUGCAGAUUCUGUCCCAAGUACCCCAAUGUACAGUUCUAACACCUCGCCUAGAAAGUUCGGUGAAGGUUCGGAGGAUCGGUACUCAUUGGACAGUUUUUCGAGAUUCGAUUCGUUCAAUAUCCAUGACAGUGGCCCGUUUGGCUCUCGCGAGUUGUCGAGAUUCGAUUCCAUGCGGAGUACUAGGGAGUCCGCGGACUUUGACCAGGGGCAUUUUGGUCAACAAGAGUCGCUCACGAGGUUUGACUCAUUCCGCAGCACGGCCGACUCAGAUUAUUAUAACUCUGGUCUAUUUCCUCCUCGUGACUCGUUUUCUAGGUUUGACUCGAUGCGUAGCACGAGGGACUCUGACUACGGUCAAGGCUUCUCGUCGUUUGAUGAUGGUGCGGAUCCAUUUGGGUCGGGCGAGCCAUUUAGGACGUCGAAUGAAUCACAAACGCCGAGGAAGGAAUCUACGGAUAAUUGGAAAGCUUUCUAG